AUGCGCGCGCUUUCUAGCUUCUUGACGACGCUAGCCGCCACUGCCAUUGGAACCAGUGCCUUAGAAGCUUCGAUAUAUACUUUUGGGCCGAUUAUCGAUAGGCAAGACCUUAAACCAACUCUCAUAUCGAGCGCCACCCUUCAGCAACUGUUAGACCUUCGAUCCGGGUCUUCAACGACAUCGAUUAUAGGAAGGGCGGAUGAGGAUAGCAUUGAGCUCCUGAGCAACCUAGCGGGGUUUCCUAGCCCUUUGUUCAACUCGCCAACGGAUAAUGGAUAUGAAAAUACUCUUCUUGUGCUUCUGGAAGGUCUAACUGACUCGAUUGACACCUCACUCCGAACGAAAUAUCAAAGCGAAUUAGUAGCUUCCGCGUUUCCCACGGAGUCUUCGAUGAAUUCUUUCUUUGACUCCUUCCUAGAGGCCCGCCGUGGGGACCUGCUUGACUCCGGAGGCAAGAGCUGUCUGAUUUAUGGUUCAGGAAGCCCCAAUCCUGAUCAAAAGGAUGGUUUGUCAUGUCUCCCUGACAUCCUUGGGACGCACCGCAGUGCGCUGCUGAACUUGAUCAGCACAGGUGAAUCUUUCAUAAAUGAGCAUAUGGGCUCUAUUGUAUUGCGCGUCGUACUCAAGCCUCUCACGAAUCUAGAGGCUCUGCCGACCUCCAUCAGCACCUUGGACUCUGUCUUCUCCGACCUGCGUUCAUUCGGGCUAGCCGGCAGCAGGGCUACGGCGGUAGUCUUGCCGGGUUCUAACACAACCCAUAAGUCCUACUCGCGUCGAUCGCUGGAAAUGACCAAAAUUGACUCCGAGAUCAACUUUCACCGGAAUGCACAACCCGUACUUUCCGAGAAGGAGACAAAGGUUCCGCUCACUCUAGCGCCUGUCUGCUACGGCUCGAAUUCAUCCUGCACCGAGUCCACCAAUUCUUGCUCGGGGCAUGGAGUUUGCUACAAAAAAUCUGGCACAGAAGGUGACUGUUAUGCCUGCCGUUGCCACGACACUCUCGUCAAAAACGAAGAUGGUACGGAACGGUUGGUACGGUGGGGAGGGGCCGCUUGCCAAAAGAAGGACAUCAGCUCUCCCUUCUUCUUGAUUUCGGGCGUCACAAUUGCGAUCAUUGUGAUUAUUGGUACUGCUAUCGGAAUGAUAUAUAGCGUUGGAACUGCUGAGUUACCAGGCGUCAUCAGCGCUGGUGUUGGUGCACCCAGGACACAGAAAUGA